CUGGCGCGGCCUGAGGGGAGCACCGGGAGGCCAUUGUGGCUGGGGCAGCCCUUCGCGCCGGAGGAGGAGGCGGCUCGCCAGCGCCGCGCCCCGUCCCGCCGCAGUUCGGCCGAGGGAGGAGACGAUCUUGAAAACUUUACCAGGUCCUUGAGAGAGAAAACUACAUGACACUACACCAUGAGUGACAGUAAAUGUGAUAGUCAAUUUUACAGUGUUCAAGUUGCAGAUUCAACAUUCACUGUACUGAAACGUUACCAGCAAUUGAAGCCCAUAGGAUCAGGGGCACAGGGCAUUGUUUGUGCUGCCUUUGAUACGGUGCUUGGAAUAAAUGUUGCCGUAAAGAAGCUGAGUCGUCCUUUUCAGAAUCAAACCCACGCAAAAAGGGCUUACAGAGAGCUUGUUCUUUUAAAAUGCGUCAAUCACAAAAAUAUAAUUAGUUUAUUGAAUGUAUUUACACCACAGAAGUCACUAGAAGAAUUUCAGGAUGUAUACUUGGUUAUGGAGCUGAUGGAUGCAAAUUUGUGCCAGGUUAUUCAUAUGGAAUUGGAUCAUGAAAGAAUGUCUUACCUUCUUUACCAAAUGCUAUGUGGUAUAAAACAUCUCCACUCAGCUGGUAUCAUCCACAGAGAUUUGAAACCCAGCAACAUAGUAGUAAAAUCAGAUUGUACGCUCAAAAUCCUUGAUUUUGGACUGGCAAGAACAGCAUGUACUAACUUUAUGAUGACUCCGUAUGUAGUAACGCGGUAUUACAGAGCACCAGAAGUUAUCCUUGGAAUGGGAUAUAAAGAGAAUGUUGAUAUCUGGUCAGUUGGGUGCAUCAUGGGAGAAUUGGUGAAAGGUUGUGUGAUAUUCCAAGGCACUGAUCAUAUUGAUCAAUGGAAUAAAGUUAUUGAACAGUUAGGAACGCCAUCAGCAGACUUUAUGAAGAAACUGCAGCCUACAGUGAGGAAUUAUGUAGAAAACAGGCCAAAAUAUCCUGGUAUUAAAUUUGAAGAGCUCUUCCCAGACUGGAUAUUUCCAUCAGAAUCUGAUCGUGACAAGUUAAAAACCAGCCAAGCUAGAGAUUUAUUAUCCAAAAUGCUUGUAGUAGAUCCAGACAAGAGAAUUUCUGUAGAUGAAGCCUUACGUCAUCCUUAUAUUACUGUCUGGUAUGAUCCAGCUGAAGCAGAAGCUCCUCCGCCUCAAAUCUAUGAUGCACAGUUGGAAGAAAGAGAACAUGCGAUUGAAGAAUGGAAAGAAUUAAUAUACAAGGAAGUAAUGGAUUGGGAAGAAAGGAGCAAGAAUGGUGUGGUAAAAGAUCAGCCCUCAGGUAGGAAGACGUUUUGUUGUUCAAGACUUUUGAUUCUGAUCUGCCUUUGGAGAUCCGUGUGCAGUAGUUUUUCAUUGUUACAAACACAGAUGCAGCAGUGAAUAGCAACACCAGUCCUUCCCAGUCAUCAUCUAUCAAUGACAUUUCAUCCAUGUCAACAGAGCAAACAUUGGCCUCAGAUACAGACAGCAGCCUCGAUGCCUUGACAGGACCCCUUGAAGGAUGUCGAUGAUCAGCCAGGAUUGCAGACUUGACUUUGGAAAAGAACUCUUGCUUCCAUUGGGCCUGAAUUGCUUGUAAGUUCAUGGAAACAAGUAGAAAAACUCCAUGUUCUGCAUGUUCUGCUAAAGUAAUGCCUGGUUUUUUUACUCAGUUGUUAUGAAACUGCCUGCUUAAUGUUGUAGAAUGAAAGCAAAUCAAUGUCUAAGGAACAAAAAAAAAUUAAAUUUAGACACUAUUACAGGCUUUUUUUCGUUUCGGCCUAUUUCAGGUGAGCAGUUAUAAUAGACCUUUAGCCAAUAACUCCUCUUAAGUGGGUUCAUGACUCUUCAGUCCCGACUGGCAGGCUUCUGUGACACAAUCGUUGUUUACAUUUUAGUACAGUGUUGCUUAUUAGUAGGUUUUCUGAAUGUGUAGUCUCUGUGAAGUUUGUUUUAACGUGUGACUGUGGCAGUUUGCUUUUAACGACUGGAGCGUUGUAUCUAAGUGUGAACUCACACAUUGAAUGCUCUCAGUACUGUGUUUAAAGGACAGUUAUUCUUCCACAUAGCACUUUUUUUUUAAUUGAGCCCUUUCUAUCUCUACUUUCCAAUGAUUCUAUCUUCUUGUAGAGGAGAUAAAUGUAAAGUUUAAAGACUAUAGCCAUUACUUUGUAUUUCACCUAUGAGUAUGUGUCUCUAACUUUUUCAGUUUUUUGAACGUGGAUGGAAGAUACAGCGGCUUAAUUAAAUCUUAAGGAAUGAUGAGUGACUUAUCUGUGAAACAGUGCCUGUGUAGAAGAGGAGAGAGUGCUAAAAUGUUUUGUACUUUCUAGUUUGUGAUACUGGUCCUUUAACAAAAACAAACAGAAAAGGAAAUCAAUCUGUGAUGCUCUUCAUUCACUGGAAACUGACAAAAGGACAGAUGAAUUGGAGAGACCUGCAGCCUCAAAAAGGGCUGCAUAAAUGUUUUCCAUUUUUUUUAAUGGGUCCAUUCUAUCUCAUGAGUAAAGAAAUAAAAAUACAGUAGUUCUGAGUCACUUGUAAAUUAAGUAUUUAAUUAAGAGCUUAGCUCUAUUCCCACCUUAGGAAAACCUCUCUUUCUGCUGGGGGAGGAAUACAUAUUUAAUAACAGAUUUCCUAAAUACAGUGUCAGAGAUAAGGAAGAGAUCAUUUGCUGUUUCAGUACAGUUUUCAGAAUCCUAUAAUAUAAACAUUGCCUACUAUAUUGCAAAACAGGUUUAAUUGGAAAACAUUUGCAGUAGAAUAGGGCUUGAAUUGCGUUAUACUACACAUAUGAAAUUGUACACAUUCACUUUGGACUGCACAGGUGUGAAAUUUUGCUAAAGGAUCUUGUGUGUGCGUGCAUGUGAGACUAAACUAUGUAACUAUAAGAGUAAUAGAGAUGUACAAGAUUAGGUAAAACACCACUUUCUUAAAGGCACUAUAUUUAGCUGUUGAUCCAGAUAUUCUUGACUUGAAUAUAUAACUAGAACUUAUAAAAUAUACUGGCCCAGACAGCCACUGCAUUACUGACAUAUUUCUCUUGUAAAAGAAAAUUUGGUUUGAAGAGCAGCAAUUUCUCUUUACACAAGCAUUGCUUUUAUGUUAAAAUUGUCCCCCUUUCUAAUAGCUUAAUUUGCUGUAGCAAAAAUAAUAAGGUUUUACUGUCUCAGAAGGGUAAACAAAAAUCUAAAAAUUAACAAAGUCCUUCAGAAUUGUCAUCUGGAAUCCUGGAUCUUUAAAAUUCUGUAAUUGAAUUGCAGGAUAUCGAGGCUUGGGUUUUUUCUUGUUGUUUGCUUUUAAAGUUUAUCUUUGGAUACUGACAGUAUAUGUGAAAUAUUUUAGUGCAUUUUUGUCACUAGAAAAAAAACAUUUAAAAAUACGUAUUUGCCAUAUAGCAGAGCAGUACAGGUUGCUGUUCAUUUGCAUAACUUUAGUAAUUUUAACUUACACAAAUAACAACUAUUAAAGACACCUAUUUAAAGUGAGCAUUAGUGAUUCACUAUGGAAGUAAUCUACUGGGUUUCACUUUUCAAGAUUUUAAUCUUUUUCAACUGAAAUUGCACUGUGCUGUGCUCAUUUUAACAGUUACUGCUUUAGAAUACUUAAUUUUUAUUUUUACUUUUUUUCUCCCCCCUGCUAUGUGUUUUGGAAAUUGGCAGAGUUUGAAUUUUUCCUAUUGGACUGGAGCCACUCAGAACAGCGGGGGGUUGGACCAGAUGACCUCUGGGUCUCUUCCAACCUGAAUUAUUCUGUGAUUUAAAUUAUCUUUUUCAACGUAACUACCAGAUCUCCAUGAUUUGAACUGGUGUAUGACCUUCCCCUAGUACAUACUGUUAGCCUGAGUAUGUACUCUUGGAAUAAAAAAAACCCCUGCAGUUAACUGAGUUUAUUUGCAAAUCCUGUAGGAAAAGCUGUCUCAUACCUUCUUUUUUGAUGUCUUCUUGCUGUGGCAUACAUUGAAGCUUCAAAAUUUUACAGGAAUGUUGCUGCCUUUGGAGCAUGUCUGUGAAUAUUGUGGAUUUUGAUUCUGGUAUAAUUCAAAACAGAAUUGCUAAUAACCUGAAUGAACAUCUAUUUCAAGAAGGCACAUAUGCAGAUUAUAUUCAGGAAAACACAUGCAGAACAGAUGCAUGCUAAAGUUCCCAUGCUGUGUCAGUGUGCACAUAUAGACUAUAAAUGCACUGCAUGCAGAUUACAUACAUAUAGUUGUAUUCCUGACUGCAGAUUAAGUUCAGUGCCACAUUUGUGAAAUGAUUGUCAGUGCUGUGAGAACCUCAUCAUUGAUGGAAAACAAAAUGCGUAUGUAACUUGAUAGGGGUUUAAAAGUUUAGAGAUUUUGGUGUGCAAUAUAAUCACUUUUAUUCCUAAUACUAAAAUCAUGUAUGUAAAGUGAUGCAAUUGACCAUUUUUUUGCACUUUGGCAUUUAUAAAUAUUUAUAUGUAUUUAAAGAUUAAGAAUAUGUGAGCGUGUGUAUACAUAUACAUAUAUAUAAAGAAACCUGCUCAGUUUUGUAAACGUGAAUGUUGCUUUUCUUUGAGAGACUUUGUACAGUGUUAACACUACCACAGUAUACAAACAAUUUAUGAAAGAUGACUAAAAAUAAGUGGUGGUCAAUGAAGAUACAAUCUGUAAUCUUAACUGCUCACCUGAAAAAGUGAAGGAUCUAUGGCUAUCAAUCAGAUUAUUUACCAGAAACAUUAUGUUAAAUAUAUGAACACUGAGUAGCUGAAUGGCAUUGCAGAAAUGGAGUAUGUUUUCAACAGUUCAUUUCAUCUGUGCUCGUAUCAUUUUUCCUCAAAAGAGAAAAACCAAAUCAACUUAGAAAGAGAAGCUUGGUGUUUUGAAAUCUGGAUAAGUGGCCUGUAAGUGUGCUUUGAGGAAAUACUGUGAUAUGACAAGUCUGGGUUUUUUUUAUUGAAAAAGAUGAAAAAUGAAUGUCAAAAUUAAGGCUUUGUCUGCAUGGAUCAUACAAAAUAAACUAAUGACUGGAAACUACUGUUUGCAAACAGCCUUUGAAGUUUUGUAAGGUUUCCAGUAAGGGUUUACAUUUUCUUGUCAACAUAAUGAAAAACAAACUCAACCUUUACUAGAAAUUAACUAGUUGGUUGGUAAGUUUCAAAAACUGUUAGGCACCAGAGGGCUCUGGAGGUUUUCUUUGUCUUUAAGUCCUGACAGAGCGUAUGUGUUUAUUCAGAAUUAAUUAAAAAGGAAAAAAAAAAAAAGAUUCCAUAUGAUUGCAUUUGGCUUAAAAUUAUGAUAUUAUGAAUGAAGUAGGGUUUAGACUUUCAAAAUACAGCUGAGAUACUGAGUCUCCAAGAAGUACGUGGAUGACCCUUCUUUUGGCAGAAGCGCAGUCUAGUUGGUGUGUGCUGGAAGUUGAGAUGUUAAAGUGCAGACAAAUCUUUACUGAACAUAAUGCUGGUUUGGAGUACGGGUUCAGUCUUGCAGCAAUACGGGGGUGCGGAGUGUUUCAUUUGGAUUGUGACACUUGGAAGUACUUGCAGCGUCGUGGGGGGUAAAUGCUGAACAGCCUUUGUCUGUAUAUUCUACAUAUGUCAUAUGGAUUCUAUCAGGGCUUGAUGCUAAACUUGGUGAUACCAUAUACUGGGAACCAAAUUCUUUCCUGGGAUGUGUAUUGUGUAAUUCCUGCUCAAAACUGGCUUUGAUCCAGGGACACCUGCACCCAGAUGCAGAAUUUGGACUUGAGUUCCUAUAGAUGAAUCUAGUGAUUUCUUUGCUUUUCCAGAGUGUCUUUGAUUUUAUUUUUAACAUGUUGAAAUAUGACAGAAAAAGUGUAUUCUGGCUCAUUAUUUUACAUAUAUUUUUUAUUGUCUAUUACAUGAGUGAUAGUGAUGUUCUAAAAGCUUAUUACACAACUUAUCAAAUUGGUUUUAUUUCUUGCCCACCCUGCAUGCUAAAAAUGUCUGGAGCUAAACUAAUGUUUUAAGUAAGCCAUCUUUUCUCAUAUUAGUGUUGGAGGAAAGUGGAGAGAUAAUCAUCGUUUGUGUUCUAUAAAAUGACUAUUUUUGUAGCUAAAAUUUAGUUGUUGGAUUUCAAUCCCACAAUGUUGCUUUGUGGAUAUAAAUUUACCUGGGUCCGCUAUUUCAAACAGUAUAUGUAUAACAAGUCCAGUAUAAAAUUAAACUAAUAAAAUGCACACUUCUGCAGUUUGUUGAAAAUAUGGCAAAUUAUUGUGGUCCAAGAAUUCAAAACAAAAUAGAGGAAAUGCCUUUAACUGUUUAAGUUUUUAUUCCUUGAUGCUGCUGCUUAUUUUUAGAAAAGGUGCUUGCAGUUUUGCACAAAACAAAUCAACUUUAUUAAUUGCUGGGUUUGAAGCACUUUAGGAUUUUUCUAAAUACAACCAGUAUAUGGUGUAAAAAGGAAUAACAUGAAAAAAUGUUUAAUGUGUUUAAAUUUUGGUUGCAAUCUUUGCUCUUCUGACAGAUUUGCUCAGCGUGUUCCUUUAAAUAUAAACCUGUUUUGAGAGAUUUGAAAUGAGAAAAUUUUUUAUGGGCUGAAAUUUAACACAUAGUAAGAGAUCAUUUGGGAAACAUCUUGUACUCAAAUGCCUGUAGGGUGACAUGAAUAGCAAUGUGACUGCCUAGCCAUCUAUUACAUAAAGAUACAACAUUGUUCCUAAAGCAAGGUCAGCUGGCUAUAAGUGCUAGGAUUAUUUUUCUUAAACAAAACCCUUUUUAUUAACUUUGGCUAUGCAUCAUAAGGUAGUUGUACAUGCUGUGGUAAGGCCAUAACAUCUGCUUAUGGGGACUCUGCUGCAGUAGAUGCUCUAUGAAUACCACAGGAAGACACUGUCCCUGUUCUGAAAUACUAGUCUGAGACCCUGGUACUUUCUAGGGUGUACUUAAGUAAGUACGUGUGUAUUUGUUUCCCAGCUGGGUCUGUAGUUCAGCACUCCAUAGUUUCUUAGGAUAACAAAAGCAGAGGAGAAAGUAAUCAGGUAAGAACAACAUUUUGUGUUCAUUAACUAAUGAAACAGUAGUCAUUUUUCUUACUGAUAACAGCUAAUUUAAUACCCGUGAGCAUAUGCUACUGUGUUGUCUUCUAAGGGGGAAAAACUUUUUUGAACAACCAAGUGUGUCACUAGCUUUUCUAUGAAUUCAGACUCUUAAAUUGGUGCUAAUUUUUUAAAAGAAAAUGUAACGGAUGGUUAGCAGUGUAUUUGUCUGUUUUUGAUACCAAUAUUUUCUUAAAUGGUGGCAAGCCAAACUUUAUAAAAUGACUAAUGUGCAUUUUCAGCUUCAUCAGAUUCCCAGAUUUUCCUAAAGUAAAAUGUUUAAACUUCCAUGGUAGUUACUGGAUCUUUGGAGCUAUUGCAUUCAGGUGUUUAUACACUAAUGAAAUGAACACAAUUAGAAAAGACAGCAAUACAUAACUAUCCCUUUCUUUAAGUUAUAUGACAUGUUGGGGUCCCCAGGUGGUUUUAGCAGUUCAGUGUAACCAAGAUAUGUAAUUAAGAGCAAAUCAGAUACCUGUGUGCAGUUAACUCAGUACAGUGAAGCCUUACCUGAUCAUUAAGACAAUUUAUAAAGAUUAUACAAAUUUUCAUCUAUUUUAAAGAGGGAGUAGCAAAUAGAAAUAAUAAUUGUUUUCGUACAAAUUCAGAUGUUAAUUCCAGAGAAUAUAUUCUAUAGUGUAUUCCAGAAGACAUGCUAUUAAGGGAGUAUAAUAGGUUCCUCGAGUGAUUUGUUAUGAAAUCCUGUUUCAUCUAAUGACUCGGAAUAAAAACCCUCCACAAAUCAGUUUGAGAAUUUCUUUUGAAAUGCCUUCAAGUUCUAACUCCCGACAGAGUGCUUUGUAUGUCUUGUUUUGGCCCUCUUCCCACCUUCUCUCCAAAUGUCACAAAAAGUAGCAUCAAGCCCUAUCACUUGUUACAGUGUUCUGAUUUUAUGGCCUUAAUAUUAGUUAUAGUAUGGUAUAUAAUUUCAGAAGAAAGGUGUGCUUUGAAGUCUAAUUAUAUAGAUACAUGUGGCCUCUUCUGCCUAUGAAAUUAGGCUUUGAAUGUCAUAUCUCAUUCUCGAUGCUUGUGCAAUAGGAACAUGUUCCUUUGAAUGCAGUGGCUAUUUUGUCUGAUGCUGGACUUUUUUUUCAGGAUGACUAGAAAGUUUUUUGGGUGUGGUUGUUUGUGUUUUUUUUUUUUUAAUGGACAGCAGUCAUGCUUCCUUGGGGUUUUUUUGAUUGAUUUUCUUUAAGGAAGCUAGAAUUUCAUAAGGAAAACUGUCAAUAACAAGUUCUGAAUUUCUAGUUAAAGCCUCGUUCUGAAGCUUUUUGGGUUUUUUUCCCUCCAAAAACAUUAUCGUGAUACAGUACUAAAGCCACUGUAAAAUUACAAAUAAAUAUGUAUACUUAAAAGA